AUGGUUGAAGAUUCUAACAGCAAUCGUGGCGGUCGCGGAAGAGGACGAGGAAAAGGACGAGGACAAGGACGAGGACGAGGAGUUGGUGGUCGUGGACAAGGACGAGGACGAGGAGUUGGUGGUCGUGGACAACGAAACCCAAGCAGUAGUCGAGGAAGAGAGGCAGGUUGUGGUAGAACGUCCAACUUUCGUGUGCAACAGCUUCCGUCAAACCCAUCGAACCUUCAAUUCAUUCGGUCCGUGCUCAAGAACUGUCCAAACCACAAACUUCAAGAAACGAUUGAGCAAUUGGAAAAGUCGUGGCUCAAUUGCUGGCAAGAGGCCGAGCGUCUUCCAUUGGAUGCUCUUAAAAUUCUCUUGUCCGCGUUGGCUCGUUUACCCUUUUCAGCAUCAGUGGCUCCUCCUCUCUCUGCUAUCAGCAAAGGAGUUCGUACAUUCCAGAGUCAAGUGACGCCAUGUGAAGACCAUGCAUUGGAUGGAAAUGAUGACACUCUUGAAGGUGUUGAACUUGUUGAACGCGUCGUCUCGAGACUAUUGAAAUUCACGUGGGACUUGAAGAGAGACGAUGUAAAACAAGCGCUGGACGAGAUGAUUGUCGAAGCGGACUCUAGUCUGAAUAUUCGACUGAAAACGCAUCGUCCAGUACGUGGUCGACUGACAACGUUGCUAAAUGAGAUGGAAAAGUCAUGGAGCAUUCGAGUUAAAGUACGAGAAGAAGUUGAAGUUGAAGAGAAUGUGACGUUAGUCGAUUGGCGACAUCCCACGGUGGCAUGGCUCGCAGAUUAUAAGAACUUUCAGCCAACUUUAUUACCGAAGCUGCAGCUUCCUCACACAAAUGAAGGCAGAGUUUAUGAAAAUAGUGAGGAAUACUUUACAACGAUUGUAAAAUUAUGGAUCGGUAUGACGUUUGUGGAAGGCAAUAAUGCCUUGUUACCGCAUUGCACAGUGAAGAUGGGAGACAAGAUGUGUGACCAACCAUUGUGGCCGUUCCCAGGCAAAACAACUGCUAUUAAUUGUAAAGACUCGCAAUGUGGUCGUAAUGCAACGUUCUUGUGCGCACACAGACAACAUGCAAAAGGGUACUGCAGCAAGUGUGCUGGAGACUACCAGCAGAAACUGCGUGGGCCACCGUCCAAGUACGCGUCGACGCACAUCUAUGACGGUUUCAUUUCACAGGUCAAGUACGACGGGACCAUUUCAAUCGACCAGGUGGCGUCGCGCCGACCGCCGUUAAAGCCUAUUCAUUGGAAAACUACCAAGCGGCUAUCAAGUCCUAACCUGGUGGGUGUCGUGAGACUUGCAAACCGUAACGCAUCGCUACGAAGCUCGGAUGAGAUUUAUUGGGGAGAAAUUAUAUUCCAGGGUAAAAGUUUCGACGAGUUCAAGGCUCGUGAGAGAGGAUGCUUGACGCUGCGUCUGCUUCAGUACCUCGAUGAGCCAGGGAAUGCUAUGCUGGCGCACAACCCGAGUGUAGGAAAUGCAGUGGCGAUUAUUGAUUGCCAAACGUUUGUUCCGGAGUUCAUUCCGGUGCUGAAAGCGCUCGAGAAACAACGUCAGAUGCCGGUGCCAUUUCAAGAUGGCGCACUACUUAAUUUGUGCGAUCAGAUGACUAGUGUUGCCGAUGACGGCAAUGACUACUAUGAAGGUGUUGUGCCCACCACAGGCGUAAGCUCCACCACGGGUACAUCAACACUAAACUUGAUUCGAGAGGUGAUCCGAUUAUCGCUUCUUGAUCCUGUUGUUGACAUCCGUCGAGAUGAAGCACUUCGAAGCCGUUUAGAGAUCUCACUACUACAGUUGGUGAAUAGUGUAACGCUCGAUCCUGGCCAAUUGAAGAGUUUCGCAGGGGCGUUAAUGUACCCUGUGCAUUGCACACAAGGUCCACCCGGCACAGGAAAAUCGUAUUUGGGUGUCGUAGUUGUUCGUGCUUUGCUGAUAAUCCGAGAUCUUUGGAAACAGAAGAAUCUCGAAAUUGGGGAGCCUCCGAUCCUGGUCCUUUCGUACAAAAACCACGCCAUUGAUGAGUUUCUAUUGGAUUUGCUCCGAUCUGAGCCAACGCUGGGCCACGUUCCAAGAACUACGACCUACUUUGGACGAUAUUAUCUCGGAAAUGGUUUUAAGAGACUUGUACGCAUUGGUGGAGGAUGUAGUGAGCCCGAACUAGAGCAGUAUCGAGAGCGAAACGUUGCCGCCUCAGACCCGAAUGUACGCGAGGUCUCUCAGCGCAUUGAGAAUUGCCAAGAAGUUCGAGAGAAAUGGCACAAAUUUCGUGAUAUAUUCGCUCUCAUUUUUGAGGCUCAAACUACUGUUGGUGGUGAUGCGAGAGUCCUAAGUACGGAAGAAUUGAAGAUUGUACAAGACGCUGUUCCAGCGGCAUCUUCAGCCGUGGCAACACUUUUGCACCUGACGGAAAGUAUUAAAACUGUCGGUGAGACGGUGGACAACCCCGUGCAAGCAAUUGACGGAACCGAUGGCAAAGAAAAUUCGGACUUGUGUAAGCUUUUGAGUGAAACACCCUCUCCUAUUGAGGUCGUGAAAAGUGUACUGAAGGAGAAACCGAUGUUGACUAAUAAGGAUAUCGCACGUUUAUACGAAGGUAUUAAGCACUACGAUCGCGAUAUUGAUCCUCAAGAAGUGGUGUACCGGUGGAUCUCGGGCUUUUGCCCUUUGCCAGCGUGCACUUAUCCUGAACUAUGCUUGAACGUGUGCGUUGACGGGAGUAAUUUCUGUCAAGAGCAUUCCUGCAAAUACACUCACGAUGAAGAAUAUGUUUGCAGCGAAAGUGUGGCUCACAAGCGACUUUAUUGUAAACAGCACUUGUGCUCAGCUGACAAAUGCAAGAACUGCAGGAUCAGCGAAGCUCAGUCAUUUUGCGAAGAUCACGCAUGUUUUGUGUGCUUAGCCCGAGGUGAGCUUGCCGAUAUUGCUUCCCACGAUCCUCCUCGAAAUUCGUGUGAACGACAUCCACUUUGCUGGGGUCUGGGUGGUAUGUGCUCCGAAAUCGCAGAGCCUACCAAGUCGCAUUGCAAACUUCACGUCGAAGGUCUAUACUGCAAGUGGAUAGCGGAGGGUGGAGAACCUUGUAGCGAAAUCGCGUCAACGGGACAGUAUUGCGGCAAACAUUACGUUGAAGCAGCAGCUUUAGCAACUCGCAUGGCUGAAAUGAGUGAUGACAAAUGCCAGGCACGAACGAGAAAAGGAAAGGCUUGUAAAGGGAAGUUAGUGUCGGGUUCGCACUACUGCAGAGAUCACGUGGGACGGACUAACCUGCCUAGUACAAAACUUCCUGAGCUUCCGGUGCCGGAUAGUGGAGCUGAAGAUAAGGUUGAAGCUAGCGGGCAUGAGACUGUUGAAGUCCAGGAGGAGCCGAUAGUGAAUGAAACAUCGGGAACCCGGCUUUUGCAGCCUUCCGAUGUUGCGAUAUUAAGUGACUUAGAAGACGGAAAGACAAAUCCAGAUAUUGACAUAGAGAGCUCGGAUAGUGAUGUUGGUGACUUCGUAGAUGCUGUCCAAUACGACAAUGAAGACGAGGUUGAGGAGUCCGAGCAUUUACAGCAUCUCCGCGACGUUUAUGAGGUUGAAGACGAUGAGGUUGAGGAUGUUAUAGUCGAUGAGAUUGACGAAGAGGAGAAGUCUUCUUGGACAUUGUCGGACCAGCAACUAAUGUCUCCUUCCGAAUGGCAUUGGGAGAUGACUUUGGAAGAGCGGUGGAACGCUCUUUAUUCAGUAUUGAAUCUUUGGAGCAAUCUCAAUGCGUAUUUACAACAUGCGUUCGUGAAGAAGCUCGAAAAUUUAAAGAUUGAAUUACAGCGUGAGAUUCUCCGAGCAAAUUCUCGUGUAUAUGAGGGCAAAGCUGUUAUCGGAGGGACAAUUACAGGCUGCGUGUCGAGAUUGGAGGCGAUUCGGACUACGAACCCAUUCGCGAUAUUGGUGGAGGAGGCUUCGGAAGUAAUGGAGCCGCUCCUUGUUUCGUGUUUUAGCUCGUCUACACGAAAAUUGGAAAUGAUCGGAGAUCAUAUGCAGCUGCAACCGUCUGUUAUGGGCCGAAUCGACUUUGAGCGAGUGAACAAGAUCAACAUCUCGAUGUUUGAACGAUUGAUUAGUGCUCCACAAGAGAAUGAAGUCCCUUCGUCCGUUCUAUCGAUUCAGCGUCGAAUGCGCAAGAACAUCUGCGAUCUCACUCGAAACUAUUACAAGGAGAUUACAACCAUCGAAGAUCACGAAAUAUGUGGCACGAAAGUUAUUGGAAGCAAGGCCAAAGGAAAUUACCCGCUUCUCGAUGCAUGUGAAGGGGGCGGCCGUGAGGUUCCGGGUGUGUCGCCGCACGUAUUCUUCUGGACACAUUCUGGUGCCCAAGAGCGAGCAUCUGUCGGUUUGUCCCGCGUGAAUCAGCAGGAAGCGAAGAUGGCGUGCAAGUUGGUGCACUAUUUGGUUCUUUGCGGAGUGCCUCCUAAGUCAAUUGCUGUGCUCACUCCGUACAAAGGACAACUGAUGCUCUUGAGGAAAAUGCUGAUGAACACGUACGGGCUAACUAUGAUGACUAAAGGACGAGAUUCGCGACUAACUCCAUCUUGCACGGUAUCAACAGUCGACCGCUUUCAAGGUGAUGAAGCUGACAUUGUCAUUAUCUCACUCGUGAUUGAUGGCAAGUCCCGUACGCCUUUCGUAAAACUUCAGAAUCGCAUGAUAGUUUUGCUGAGUCGAGCACGUCUAGGGAUGUAUCUUGUAGGGAAUGUCGAGUACUUUGGUGAAACUACACACUGGCAGAAGACGUUGGGACUCUUAGAGAAUGACACGGAGUCUGAUAACACUGAGUAUACUGAGUGUACAACGUACAGCGGGCCGCGUAUUGGUCGUGCGCUUCCGAUCUGCUGCCCUGAACAUCGAACAUCUGUAGCUCUUGCAAAAGAAGAGAGAGAUUUGAAGCUUGGAUUUUGCACUGUGGUAUGCUCAGUAGAACUAUCAUGCUCUCAUGACUGCGGGCUAAUGUGUCACUGGCCUGACGUGGGCAAGCACAAUAAGAAUUGUUGUGUGAAGGUCGAGUCGCCUUGCAGCCGCCACCCACGGGAGUUAAUGUGCUCCGCUGUGACGGCUUCUGCUCGAGGAAUGUCCAUUGAUGAGGCUUUAAAGAAGUACCAAUGUGAUACUCGAGUUGAAGUGAGUUUGCCCUGUGGCCACAACCAGAAAAUGAAGUGCUACUUACAAAGUGAAAUCGUGGCCGGACGGACUUCAUGGCCGGUUUGCAACAAAGAGGCUAUCGCACCGUACGUAUACUCCGAGUGCAAACACGUUCUAAAAUGCACGUGUACCGAGUUUGAUCGAUACUCAAAAGGGCAUGCACCCUUGUGCAUUGAAAAAGUUGAGUUUACGCCACCUUGCCAGCACACAGUAUCGCUAUCAUGUCACGACCGUCAGGACUACACCAGCGCAAUGCGCCGAUUUGUUUGCAAGGAGAAAGUCAGGAUGUCGCUGCCUCGAUGCAGCCAUGAGACGGUUGUAUCUUGCCCGACAGCAGAAACGCUGAAGCAGUGGACUGGCGAGUCAUGCGCAACAAUGGGCUUCGUCCAAGAAGGCGAAACCUAUGGUCCGAAAGACUACUUUUGUAAGCAGACUGUGAAGUUCCAACGUCGUUGUGGCCACUAUGAGAUGCUCAGAUGCGAGCGAGCAUUCGAGCUUGCGCAGAGUCCGUCGCGUUGUCAGGAACCGGUGGUGGUGGCAAAUCCUGAAUGCGGCCACGAUUGCUCAACGACAUGUUUUGAGGAAAAGAGACUCCAGGACAAGAUCGCACAAUCUUUAGGGAAGCCGGAAGAUAUUGAUCCGCUGGAAACUGUGCAAGAGGGUGAUUCCAGCAACUUUCGCAGCUACGGACUCAAUAUCCAAUGUACUCACGAGGUAGUGUACAUUCGUGCCUGUGGUCACAAGAAAAAUAUGAAAUGCAGUGAGGCCCGGCACCCCAUCACAACAGUUUGCGAUGAGUUAGUGACAAGGGAGCUGCCGAUUUGUGGACACCUCGUGCAGCUGCAAUGUCAUUUGACGAGGCAUUUAAGCGCGUGGCAACCGUGGCAAGUGCAGAGUCCAUUGAUAAAGCUAUUACACGAAGACAGUGUUGUCGACGAUACUUUACCCGUGCCUGGGUCUCGCCCGGGUGUGCUAAAAUCUAUACUGAAAGAUUGUGGCGCGCCUGUGCGGUUUCGUCGGACCACCACGUGUGGACACGAUGUUGAGAUGAAGUGCUGCGACGCCCUUAAUAUUCUGAAAAGGAAGCAGCUACCUAAUUCCUGCAGUGUUCGUGUCCUGAAAGCACUGAAUUGUGGGCACGAAGCUCCAAUGAAGUGUUCUGACGAGGUGGACAGUGUGAGUUGCCAUGAGUCGGUUGAAAAGCCUUGUUGGAAUUUUGGGAGCUGUGGAAGUAAGGUCAUGGUACCGUGCAAAAGGUCAGCAAACACUGUUGAAUGUACAAAGGAGAUAGAAUGGCUUUGCUCAGAAGGGCACUCCUUUGCCUUACGCCUUUGUAGUAGAGGAAUUCCGUCGGAUUGUCCUUGUUGCUCAUCAGCCCGCUUGGAUGCUGCAAUCAAAAACACGCAGAGUAUCUUGAGCGAUACAAAAUUGAGCCGUUGGUCUCCAGAGACGGCUCGAUUUUUGCCGACUAUGGAUGGUGUGACACAUAUCGCUAUGAGCUUGUCCAGUAAACGCGAAUAUUUAAUUCGGAAGGUUAAAUUGCUGGAGAAAUUCAAAGAAGGGUUGAAUCUGAGUGCACAAUGGUCGAAUACACUCUUCUCGCCAGUGGAAUUUGGAGUAUUUGUCGUAUUGAAUCAAAAGUUGCAAGCACAUCCGAUCGACAAGUUCGAGAUUAUAGAUUUCGGGAGCCCACAAACGCUUAACGGGAUAGAAGUAUACGAAGCCACUCAAAAGAACUUUAAGCGUGUUGCGGGUAGCGGAAAAGUAUGUAUAUUGUUUGGUUGCGUUUACACAGUCAAACACCUGAGAGAUCCUGUCGAUAUUCCUACGAGCAAAGGAAAAAAGGGAGCGAAAGUACGAACUUCUUGGGUGACUCGACAGGCAUCUCACGGAUACGACGCACUAUAUCGUGACACAAAGUCCUGCGAACGUGGCAAUUGGAUCAUAUGGCACCCCUACGUCUUGUUUCCAGUUCAUCGAGUUGAGGUCGCUGACUCGAACAGGCAGAACAUUUUGGAGUGUUUGCCUGAAAAAACGCAAGUUGGUGAGCCACCUCUUACGAUUAGCUUCAAAAAGCCGACGGGAGUAGGAAAUGUGGAUGAGUCAAAACCUGAUGCUGUGACACAGGCGCCUUCCAUCAUAUUGGAAAGAGACCUUAAGAAGCUGCGACUACUCGUUGGAUCGGUGAGUCCGUUCAACGAAAGACUAAAUGUUUGGCAUCCAUGGGAUGGAAAAUCCUUGUCGACCGGAGCGGCCGACGCAAUAUCUCAACGUAUCGAAAAUAGCCUCGUUUCCAAGCUGAGUUUUAUCUCGACAAAAGUUGCAACUACUGCAGUAAGCCAGCCCAAGACCCCUUUUGGCGGGAUCAAAUACGUACAAACGUUGCAAAGCCAAGGAAAGUUGAAAGAAGAUGGAAAUCUGUUACUGGCGUUGGAGCUGCUCGCUGUGCGGAAGCAGGAGACUGUCGAAGCACGAUCGAAAUUGGAAGAGUAUGUGGAUCAAGUCUGUGUGGAGGCUGGGGGUUAUGCGCACCCGCUCGUCAUUGUUGCUUUCGCACGUCUGGCUGUUCGCUUAAGUCAAACCCAUUCAUCAGAUAUUCAACGAAAACUACUUGCCAUUUUUGCUGCACUUUAUCCGGAGGCAAGCGGCUUGUGGCUGACUGAUUCGGAAGUGCGGCUGGUGCAGACAACCGGCAGUCAAACAAAUACAGUGGGCUCAAUCAUUUCUGGCUCAGCCUCGGUAGAGGAUAAGUGGCAGUCUCUAAAAAGUCAAUACAGUUGUCGCUCAGAUGCAAUGGAGAGUUUACUGAAGCUGGUGGGAUUGAUGAAGGUGAAACACGCAGCAGUAAACAUGUUCAAGAACGCGAUGGUAUUGCAGCAGUUAUCUACAACUCAGCGUAAAAAGAACUCGAUGGCUUUCAACUAUUGCUUUGUGGGCAAUCCUGGUACUGGCAAAACAACAGUUGCGCGAUUGUUCGCCGACGUCCUGAAAGACUCGAAGAUUCGUCAAACGAAUACUUUCAUCGAGUGCACUGCUCAGAUGUUGAAAGACAAAGGAGCUGAUGAAUUUCGUUCGAAAUUGCAGAAAGCAACCGGUGGUGUUUUGUUCAUUGACGAGGCGUACGAGCUAGACCCUGCAGGGGACUUUAAGGGGAAGCCAAUAGUGGCAGAGUUGUUGACGGCGGCUGAAGACAAGCGGGAUGACCUCUCAAUCAUUCUCGCAGGCUACGAAGACGACAUCCAAAAGAAGUUGUACGCUUACAACGACGGUCUGGCAUCACGUUUCGAAGAAGUCGUGUUCGAAGAUUUAGAUGCGCAGGACCUGGAGACUGUUUGGGAUGGGAUAGCGCAAGACCGUGGGUGGAAAUACGAGAAAGCUAUAGCGAAGGUAGCAUGUCGCCGCCUAGCCAAGGCUGCAGGGCGUAAGGGGUUCGGCAAUGCGCGUGCUGUGCGCAAACUGUUCGAACAAGCGGUUAAAGAGGCCAUGGCUCGUGAGGAUUUCGACGACGAUCUCGAGUUUCAGACUGUGGACUUGCUCGGAGACCGUCCGUCGACCAACCCGAAGCUUCAAGCUGUACUGGAUGAAGUUGAGGACAAGACUGGCUGGCAUAAGAUUAAGGAGGAAAUGAAGAAGCUGGUACGUAUCAGCGAUGAGAACUACGAGCGUGAGCUGAAGGGCCAGGAAACAGUACCAGUGUGCCUCAAUCGAUUGUUUUUAGGAAAUCCUGGAACGGGUAAGACGACGUGCGCAGGGUACUAUGGUCGGCUACUUAAGACGCUUGAUUUCUUAACCAAUGGAGAAGUUGUAAAGAAGACGGCUGGAGAUUUUGUCGGAAAUCAUGUGGGUGAGUCUCAAACAAAGACAGCGCAAAUCCUGAACAUGGCGAAGGGUAAAGUUCUUGUUAUCGAUGAGGCAUACAAUUUAAAUGACAACAUGUACGGUAAGCAAGUGCUGGAUGUACUGGUGGAGAAGGUUCAAGGUACAGAGAGUGACGACAUAGCGGUGUUGCUGAUUGGAUACGAACAUGAAAUGCUCGAAAUGCUGCGCACUCAAAACCCAGGACUGAUCCGACGAUUUCCGCCCGAUCAUGCAUUUCGAUUUGAGGAUUACACGGAGCACGAACUUCUUGAUAUUCUGGAAUGGAAUUGUGCUAAACGAAGUGUGACAUGCCCGUAUGAAGUGGCUGCGACACUGCUGAAGCAGUUGGCGCUUCAAAAGACCCAACCAAACUUUGGCAAUGCUGGCGCUGUAGAGCAAUUGCUAAAGCACGCGAUAGGCAAUGCCAUGAAUCGCCCCAUGAUAAACGGAAAGACUUUAUUGACACUAGAGGAUGUCGGUGUUAAAGCGAGCUCCGAUAAUGAGCAGAAGGACCCGUUGAAUGCUCUCGACAAGUUGUACCGCAUGGACGAGAUCAAGGAGCAGUUGACGCAGCUUCGAAACGAAAUGAUCGUUGCGGAUCGCGAAGGCUCAGCACUCCCAGAAGUCGGUCAUUUUGUCUUCCGCGGAUCGCCUGGUACAGGUAAAACCACUGUUGCUCGCGUGAUGGCAACCAUUCUUCAUGAAAUGGAGGUCCUGGCAACGCCGAAGCUAGUUGAAACCUCAGGUCUUGACCUCACAGCUCAGUACGUAGGACAGACUAAGCAAAAGGUGACUGAAAAACUUGGUGAAGCGAAGGGUGGGUUGCUGUUUAUUGACGAAGCUUAUGAGUUGGGGAAGGGGACUUUUGGAGAGGAGGCGAUGACAACGCUAGUAGCUGCUAUGACGGAUCCUUCGUAUGUCGGCAUGGUGAUAAUCAUUGCUGGCUACCCGAAGGACAUGGAUCAGAUGCUCGAUCGCAAUGUUGGGCUGAAGAGCCGAUUCAGGCGAUUCAUUGAUUUCCCGGACUGGGAAGCGCAGGAUGCGCUUGUUUUCUUGAGCGAGAAGGCUGAGGCGGAAAAUUUUGAGGUCGAAAGUGAAGCAGUAAUGUCUCUGCAAAAAACGUUUGUGGAACUGAAAAAACUGAGCAACUUUGGCAAUGGCCGAGAUGCUAUGCGUGUGUGGAAAGAGUUACUUCAACACCGUGCACAGAGGGUGGUGACCGAGCCUGAAGAGGAGCGGACCUUUACAGAAAGUGACGCUGAGAAGGCCGGCGAAGCCAUUCUUGUUGCUCGCCGAGGGUGUGCCAUACCCGGCAAGAACGUUGCGGCGGCCGAGAAUCCGAUGAAGUUGCUAGACGGUUUGUACCGCAUGGACACGAUCCGAGAUCAACUCUCACGUUUGCAGACGCAGAUGGCAGUGGCAGACCGUGAAAAUUCGACACGUCCUGAAAUCGGCCACUUUGUCUUCCGAGGCUCUCCGGGUACUGGCAAGACGACGGUGGCGCGUGUGAUGGCACAAAUACUGCAUGCUAUGGGUGCAUUGGGUACAGCAAAGCUCGUGGAGACCUCGGGGUUGGAUCUCACGGGGGAGUACCUUGGCCAAACCAAGGCCAAAGUGACGGAGAAACUUGUCGAGGCUAAGGGUGGAUUGCUGUUCGUCGAUGAAGCCUAUGAGUUGGGUAAAGGACAAUACGGAGAAGAGGCCAUGACGACGUUGGUGGCUGCGAUGACAGAUCCAUCGUACAAUGGCAUGGUUAUCGUGAUUGCAGGUUAUCCAAAGGAUAUGGACAUCAUGCUAAACCGCAAUGCUGGUCUUAAAAGCCAAUUCAAACGGUUCAUUGACUUCCCGGACUGGGAAGCAAAUGACGGAGUCGCAUUCUUGAAAGCAAAAGCUCAAAAGGAAGGAUUCAUGCUGGAAAAUGGAACUGAAUUUGUGCUGCAGAAGAUAUUCCUAGAGCUGAAGAGGUUGGACGGCUUUGGUAAUGGUCGUGAUGCUGUCCGAGUGUGGGAGGAACUAUUGCAGUGCCGGGCACAACGAGUGUUUGAUUUGCCCGAAGACGUGCGUACGAUCACAGCAAAUGACGCACAAAUGGCAGGAGAAGGAAUUCUUGCAGCUCGUCGUCCGCCGGAUGGACAAGUGCUAUCCCAGUCGUCUAUGCCAAGCGAUAAUCCGAUAUUUAGGACUCAAGAGCAGCACCCGGGAAUGCUGCAGCAUCUAUCCGAGCAGAUUGAGAUGCAAGAAGCUGAAGAAAUUUCGACUGAAGAUGAAGUUGAGUGGAAAGAAGCUGAUGUCGAAAAUGUCGUUGAGGUGGAAGCUGAAGAAGAUCCAGAAAUAGAAGAAAUAGAUGACGAUAAAAGCACGAUCAAUGAAGAACGGGACGCUGGCGUUUCAGAUGAGGAUUGGGAGGAACUGGAGCGUGCCAAAAAGGACCACGCUGCUCAUUUGAAUGCCUUGAAACGAGCCCGUGAACAAGCAAAAUUGGAGGAAGAACGACGCCGUGCUAAAGCUAUACAGGAAAAAAUCCGUCAAAUUUGUCCAUGCCCUGCCGGCUUCAAGUGGUACAAGUCUGGUAGUGGAUGGCGUUGUGGUGGAGGUUCUCACUUUGUGUCGGAUGCGCAGCUAAACAGUCAGUUUACACGUUAA